AUGAGGUGUCUUGAAGAGGAUUUAAUAAUCGUACCAGAAGUAACCGACAAAACUGACGAUCCUUUGGUGACUUCACAAUCACAAACAAUACGAUCAGAAUUGCUUCAAACUGAAGCAAGUUCCUAUGUUGAUUUGCUACCAUCAAGUUCAUCCGUCGUUUCAUUUCCUUUACCUCAGCGUAUUAAGGCUUAUCGAGGCUCGUCAGCACCAUUGAGUCCGUCUAGUGACGAGUUUCCUCCAACUCCAAAAGCUAACAAGAAACUGAAUACCAAAGUUAUCAUACGUAGACUUAAAUACCGCAUGAACAAAAUAUAUCAGUUACAGAAAGAGAAGAUUGAUCAAUUGAAGACUGUCAACAAACGACAGCGAAAACAGAUAUAUAGAUUAAAAUACCAAAGUGCUAAAUUAAGAAAAUAUGAACAUAUAAGUAAAAAUAAUACUGAAGAAAUUAAACAAAGUGAAUCAGACACUAUAAAAACAAUUAAAAAUAAUGUGGAAGAGGACAUCAAAACUUUUCUUGAAGAAGAUGAAAACAGUCGCGAGCAAGCUGAUAGACUGAUGACUGAUAGAACGAACAAGAAUAAGAGUGAAGAAGAUCAAUCUGAUUAA